GUUAACUGCAGCAGCAGCAGCUGUUUCAGUAAUCCAUCUGCUGUCUACCUGCUAAUAUACUCUGCUGUAGACACUCCUCCUCCCCUACCUGCAGAUAAUUAAGCAGCAGCGAUCCAAGAUGGCGAAGCAGGGUGCCGUGGCUUCCAUGCUCGCACUGGCAUUGCUCCUCGGAACAUUCGCAGCCAUCCCUACAGGGGUGCAAUCCAUCGGCGUGUGCUACGGCGUGAACGGCGGCAGCCUGCCCUCGGCGGCCGACGUCGUGCAGCUCUACCAGUCCAACGGCAUCAACCUCAUGCGCAUCUACUUCCCGGACGCCAACGCGCUGCAGGCGCUGAGCGGCACCGGCAUCGGGCUCAUCAUGGACGUGCCCAACGAGAAGCUCGGCUCCCUCGCCUCCGACCCAAGCGCCGCGGCCGCCUGGGUCCGGGACAACGUCCAGGCCUUCCCGGGCGUCUCCUUCCGCUACAUUGCCGUGGGGAACGAGGUGGCCGGCGGGGACACCGCCAGCAUCCUCCCCGCCAUGCGGAACAUCGACGGGGCCCUCGCCGACGCCGGCCUCGGCGCCGUCAAGGUGUCCACGGCGGUGCAGAGCGGCGUCACGCAGGGGUUCCCGCCGUCGGAGGGGAGCUUCUCGCAGGGCCACAUGGGCCCCAUCGCGCAGUACCUGCAGAGCACCGGCGCGCCGCUCCUCGCGAACGUCUACCCUUACUUCUCCUACAUCGGCAACAAGGGCCAGAUCGACAUCAGCUACGCGCUCUUCACCUCCCCCGGCACCGUCGUGCAGGACGGCAGCAACGCCUACCAGAAUCUCUUCGACGCGCUCGUCGACACCUUCUACUCCGCGCUCGAGAACGCCGGGGCAGGGAAUGUCGGCAUCGUCGUGUCGGAGAGCGGCUGGCCGUCGGCCGGGGGCGACGCGGCCACCACGGACAACGCGCAGACCUACAACCAGAACCUCAUCAACCAUGUUGGGCAGGGCACGCCCAAGCGCCCCGGGGCCAUCGAGACCUACAUAUUCGCCAUGUUCAACGAGGACCAGAAGCCAGGAGCAGAGACGGAGAGGCACUUCGGAUUGUUCAACCCGGACAAAUCGCCGGCAUACCCCAUCAGGUUCUGAGCGAGCGGAUUUGAUUGAUACAAGAACAAGACAACUACAUACAGAUAUACAUACACAAAUAAGCAGAUGAUACUUCAAAUUUUAUGAAUAACCUAUCAAUUAGUUGCCUGUAACCUAAAGAUGAAUAAGAGGCAUAUAUAAUCACGUUGCAAGAUACUAA